UUUCCAUUAUCUAUCAAGAAAUCUAAGACAACGAAGGUUUCUGUUACAAUCAACCACAAUUAAAGACAAAACUUCAUGUUUUGGGGUUUGGUUAACAUCUUAGCAAAGCAAGAGGCUCAUUGGCAUUACCCUUAACAUACACUCUUUUUUAUAAGAACACACUUUAUAAGAACACCGAGGCUCGACUUGCCCAAAAAAUAAGAACAAGGCUAGAACAUGCUUAGCUUCAGAUGAGAAAUUUAAAAAUUUCCAUAAUGGAAAUUUUCACAAGCAUUAAACUACUGUACCGACAUUCUCUUGACAAAAAAAACUUUGAUGAGAUUGUCAAUGAACACUAGCAGUCAUUGCUUUAUUUUUAAACUUUACCCAGUAAAACGUCUUAAAAACUACAUACGGCAUGUAACUUCUCAAAUAUUUGCGAAAAAAUCACUCUUAGAAUACGAACAAUUUUCAGAACAUCUGAGCCUAAAAUUAUCAAAAAGUUAAGAACAUUGAGGCUCAGCAAAAAAAUUCUCUGGUUCUUAUAAAAACAAAGAGUGUAGCUGCUCAUAGACUAGAACAUUAACACAUUUUUUCUAAAUUCUAUCUCAAAUCUUCUCUUUUAUAAACUUCCCACAGUAACAUUCGGUUACAUUUUUACCCAGGUACUUUGUGAUUCGAAUUCUCGGCUCUAUGAAAUUGCUUUUGACAAAUUGUUGCGAAAUUUUGACAAGUUUAUUGUGAUGAUUUUUCAAUUAAGGAUAGAUAUUACAUCAAUUGUUUAUACACUUCGUUACCCGGGUUGCAAUCGCUUAAUUAGGCCAUACAGGACAGCUUUUCACUGGUUGACUGAAGUAAUUUUGUCGCUUGGGUCAUAAAAAUUCCAUUCUUCUACCAGUAAAAAGAAUGAGAUUAAUUAUAUUUGAGUGUGAGUUUCCUUCACAAUCUCAGAUGGGUUAUUUGUUUACAAACUGAUCGAAAAUGUUCCUCAUCAAAAAACAGGUGAUCGCACCCGCACCUGUCUUUGGGUAGCCAUUCAAUUUACACUGCAUUAUUAUUCAAAGUGGUUUUAAAUUCGUGACCUCAAAGGUUGUUAUAUUAAACAAAAAUUCUUAGGGUACAGCCUAUGGCUUUGAAAUCAAGCGAAUGGGCGAUUAUAAUACCUAAUUCAAUGCCCAAACAACAUUUAUCUGGUCACCAUAUGCUCGCUUGCUUUGUACAGAAUGUUCUGGCAAGGCAAACACUUGAAUGGCGUUGUUCCCGCAGCAAAUAAGCAAUAGAGGUAAAUUGAGUGCGUCUUUAUGCUAAAAAUCACAGCUACUGUCUGAAAGACAAGAAAAUGUUAGGCAGAGAGCAAGGCGGGUUCAUAACGGAGCUAGAAUGGGACGAGGUUUAUGGCUAAGAAUGACUCCCAUUGUUGCGAUCAAAGCGUGAAUCGGGUGCAUGGAUGGCUGGCUUGAUUGCACCGUAACUCAGUUUGAAUAUAUGUUGAUACUGUUAUCCUUAGUGCUUGACACAAAAGAAAGACAGUCGAGAAUUGUUACGCCUACAUUCGCGGAGUUGUGAUUUGCGCUGUUGGGAGUAACAGCGGAAAGGAGUUCAAUCGAGCGGCCAACUUUACCAAGCGAAAAAGUUCACUUUACCAAAAGACGUAAUUUCGUGUUGCUAAAGGGAACGUGAAAAAUCAAAGCAACCAGCGUAUAUACGGUUUUGCGACUAUUUAGAAGUUUAAAGUCAGGACGUAAGACAGUUGCUUGAAUAUAAAUUAUUAAUUUGUUGAGGAAAUAAUACCCUCUCGAGGUUUAUCAUGCAGAUAAAGCUGUUAGAAAUCUCCAUUGAUAACAAGUGACAACCGUAUCUCAACCAGACUUUCAACCAACACAAGCAAAGUAUCCGAAAUUUUUAAGAUUUCAAGUUAACGCUGCCGUUGUGAAAUUUUUCGAGAUUGAGUUCGCGUUGGCUUGGAAAUUGUCACAAAUAUUACGGAGUGUUACGAUGAAACUCGUGAAACAAUCCCCUUAUUAACGCAACGGGUACCUGAAGAUAAAGGAUAAAGAUCAAACAACAGCAAAGAUUGAAAUCGAAGGAAGACAACUUUCGUAGCACUGAAAUUAAAGAGCUGUCUUGGUUUUCUGUGAAAUCAUUUACUUUGGAGACGGAUUACAUACCAAUUUGCACAGUGGUUAUAGAAUAAAGAAGCUGUAAGAUCGAUUGAAAAUUUGGAUUAAUAAAAAACGUAGUUGGCAAGUAAUUUCUUAUUAAUAUUCAUGAGAUGCAAGAAAUCAAACGAUUCUUGUAAUUCUCAAGAGAAAAGUUGGAUUAGAAAAAGUUUAAAAAUUGUGUCUCUUGGUACAGUUAUAAGAAAGACCAAAGUGCAGGUGCAGUUUCAUCGUGGCACACAGUUCUCGAAAGCACUUUCGUCUGUGGCACGCUGCAAUGUUAGUAAACAAACAAUUGAUAUACAGUUGGAAGUAGAUCAUCCGUCUCUCAUCCGUCCUGCUGAAGGUUGUUAGGCUUGAGCCGUGGCUGAGAAAAUGGGUUACCCCGCAGACCGCUUUGUCAGCAACGUGGACCAGAACUUACUCUGCAAUAUUUGCACUGGAGUUAUGAACCAAGCGGUAGUGACAUUGUGCGGGCAUUCAUUCUGUGAACUGUGUCUCAAGACAUGGCUUGACAAACCUGACACCGACUCGUGUCCAACUUGUCGUUCAUAUACUUCAAAAUUUGAUAUGAUACCCAACAUUGCCGUACGCAAUAUGAUUGAUGUCUUACUUGUCUGGUGCGACAAUUCAGAGAAUGGAUGCAAAAUUGUAGUGAAACUAGAAUCAUUGAGGAAACAUUUAGAGAAAUGCGACUAUCGCCAAGUUAAGUGCUCUGCGUGUGGCGUAACUAUACCGAGAAAUGAACUCGCAAAUCAUUAUAAGAUAUGUGCAGUAAUAGAAGAAGAAUUGCGAAAAUCGAAAGAAAGAACUGCGAUUGAUGUUACGGUGGAGGCGCUACAGCGCCAAAUAGCUGCUCUGGAAAUGGAUUUAUCUCGUACUCGGCUUGCCUUGAAAGAUUCCGAGAAAUAUGCGUGUUCCGUUGCAAAGGAACUCGAAAAACUUCGACAAGAACACGAAAUUCGAGAUUCUAAUCAACGGCAGUACCCAGAAUGGGACCCUGAUUACGCUUAUGGCUACUCGCCGAGCAGCAUCGCCCAAUUGGCGUGUUUGCUGUCGAAAUAUCUCCUCGAUAGACCGUCCUGCAUCGACAGAAAUCGUGUUUUCAUGGCAAUAAAGCGAUGUUACACAUACUACCACAACUAUGCAGGCUACUCGCAAGAUGUCCAUAUGCUUUUGGCGACUUCGUGCGCGUGCAACUGGUUUCAGGACCAUCAGAAACUUUUGCUGGAACGGUGGCUUGAGCAAGUGACCCUUGCGAGGUUCCCCGUUCUUGUGAACACUAGAAGCGUGGAACUGGAGUAUAGAUAAUGUUGCGGAAAAAUUAUUUAAUUUAUUCAGUUAAAUUGGAAAUCCCCCUUUUACAUAUGUUAGGUUCCUAAAUUUCUUCAAAUGAUUCGAAAAACACAGGAAAAAAUGCAUGGCUGCUUGGGGUUUGUUUUAGCAAGCUUGUAAACUGAUUUCAUUACCAUUAUCACGGGCUCAGACAGAGGUGGGAAACUUGGGGGGUGGGGGCAAACAAAAAAAUUUAACAACCAAUACAAAA